UCAUCCCUGCAAGUGAUCAGUAAGAAAUCUGGAGCGGUGUAACAGAAGAACAAGGAGAAGAGGAAAAAACUGUGCACAGCUAACAAGCUGAGGCUUCUACAGCCAGAAGAGACCCAAACACAGAGACAAGCACUGCAACCCAGGGGAAAGGGAUGGUUUUCUCACUAGAUCUUCUGCUUUCUGGCUCUAUGAAGGGAUUUGUCUGCUGACUGUGCUGAGAUCUUCAUGAUUGCGCUGAGAGAGAAGAAGUCUUCUUCUCACCACCUCCACCACCACCAUGCGAGCACAAAUUGAAGUGAUACCAUGCAAAAUAUGUGGAGAUAAGUCUUCAGGAAUCCACUACGGUGUCAUCACUUGCGAAGGCUGCAAGGGAUUCUUUAGAAGAAGCCAACAAAAUAAUGCCUCUUACUCGUGCCCACGGCAGAGAAACUGUUUAAUUGACAGAACAAACAGAAACCGUUGCCAACAUUGUAGACUGCAGAAGUGUCUUGCUCUAGGAAUGUCUAGAGAUGCUGUAAAAUUUGGGAGAAUGUCAAAAAAACAAAGAGACAGUCUGUAUGCCGAGGUCCAGAAACACCAGCAAAGGCUACAAGAACAGAGGCAACAACAGAGUGGGGAGGCAGAGGCUUUAGCCAGGGUGUACAGUAGUAACAUCAGCAACGGCUUAAGCAACCUCAACAAUGAGACUGGUGGCAACUACGCAAAUGGACAUGUCAUUGACCUGCCGAAAUCAGAAGGUUAUUACAGUGUGGAUUCAGCACAACCCUCCCCGGACCAGUCUGGCAUUGACAUAACUGGAAUGAAACAGAUAAAGCAAGAGCCUAUUUAUGACCUGACGUCCGUACCAAACAUAUUUAUGUAUAGCUCUUUCAACAAUGGACAGCUCAGUCCAGGAAUAAGCAUAACUGAAAUAGACCGAGUUGCACAAAAUAUUAUAAAAUCCCACCUUGAAACAUGUCAGUACACAUUGGAUGAAUUGCAUCAGUUAGCUUGGCAGACCCACACCUAUGAAGAAAUCAAAGCAUACCAGAACAAGACAAGAGAAGCUCUAUGGCAGCAGUGUGCUAUUCAGAUCACCCAUGCGAUUCAGUAUGUAGUGGAAUUUGCAAAGCGAAUAACAGGCUUCAUGGAACUGUGUCAGAAUGAUCAAAUAUUGCUUCUUAAGUCAGGCUGCUUGGAAGUUGUAUUAGUAAGAAUGUGCCGUGCCUUCAAUCCAUUAAACAACACUGUUCUUUUUGAAGGAAAAUAUGGAGGGAUGCAGAUGUUCAAAUCAUUAGGUUCUGAUGAUUUGAUGAACGAGGCGUUCGAUUUCGCAAAAAGUAUGUGUUCUCUUCAGCUGACUGAGGAGGAAAUUGCCUUGUUUUCUGCAGCCGUCUUGAUAUCACCAGAACGACCUUGGCUGAUAGAGCCAAGAAAAGUCCAGAAGCUUCAAGAGAGGAUUUAUUUUGCACUUCAGCAUGUGAUUCAGAAGAACCACUUAGAUGAUGAGACUUUGGCAAAGUUAAUAGCCAAGAUACCAAACAUAACUGCACUUUGCAACUUGCAUGGAGAGAAGCUGCAGGUCUUUAAACAAUCUCAUCCAGAGAUAGUGAAUACACUGUUCCCUCCCUUGUACAAGGAGCUUUUCAAUCCUGAUUCAAACACUGGUUGCAAAUGAAGACAGUGGGAUUUUUCACUUAGCUACGGAAUGCAUCACUACUAAGACAAAAGAAAUGUGCUCAAGAGGACUUACUAUUGUCAAAUAAAAAUCACUACAGCAGCACUAGGAAUGUCCUGCACUUACCAGAAAUCUUUUUCACCGCUACAGUUUGAAGAAUGUAAAUAUGCACCUCUAAGUGGGGCUCUCUUUGUCUCCAUCCUUGUUUUGCAGUUUUUAUUCUCUUCUUUUGGAACUGACAUAGUAAUUGCUGCCGUAGGGGCCGU